AUUCUUAAAAUAUAACAAUACAAAUUUUCUCAUGACGGAAAUUUAUAAAAUUAUAUUAAAAAAUUGCAUUAUUAAUAUUUUUUACUCAGAUAAACAAAGUUUAAGGUUAAAAUACUUUAGUAAAUUCAUAUACAAUUGGAACUGUUAAUGGUUAAAUAUUAAAGUAGUUCAAUUUUGAUCAAUGCUUUAUUUAUUGCAUUAGCAGACAAAAGAAGUUUGCAAAUUAACAUAAACAAGUUAUGAAUGUAUUUUCAAUUAUAAAAGAUUUUAAUGAGCAGUUUCAUUUUGGCAUUAUAGGGGGCGAAAAUUUCUCGAAGUAGCGGUUUUAUCAGGUUAUGGUAGGUUGUUUACAUCGCAUAUGCGUAAUUUGAAACGCGAGAUGAGGUAUCAAAACUCUAUGUAAUUCUCUUAUCGUUUCGAAUAAUUAAGUAAUGUAUGUAUGUAUGUAAAUCUAUUAUUAUAUCUUCUAUUCCCAGCGAUAAAAGAAUAAUUUUGGCAAGUAAUUAUGGUCGUUAACGCUAAAAUAUGGUAAUGAUAAUAAAAGUACAAUUUCUAUGAUUGGAUAAAAGUUGCCUAAUUAUAAAUAUUUAAAUAGGAAAAGAAAUUUUGUAAACAAAAUUACUUCAUUGACAGAGAAACUUAGUGAUGAGACAGUUUUUAAUGGGUUAAUACAUAAUAAAUAUUCAUGUAAUACAACAAAAAAUUUUGAUACAAUGAAUGAUAUAUAUACUUUCGUGGGAAAAAAUUCAAAUAAUAAUGUACAUUAUAAGAUGCAAAAACAUGACAUUAGAAGACACAUAGGCACAUUUGAAAAAGAUAGUAAGGAUAAAGGAAGGAGAGUUGAUAAUCAAAAAGGUGAUAUAAAUAUGAUUGAUAGCAGUAGCAUAAGGAAUAAACUAAAACAAGUUCAAGAUAAUAUGAGAAAAUGCAAAAAAAGUGAAAAAGUAAGACUUAAUAAAAAAGAACAUAAGUAUAGUAAAAUAAAAUAUUAUUCUCGUGAUUUAAAUUCAUUCAUACCCAUUGCUUUGCAGCGAAGUAAACAGGAAAAUAAAAAGACGCAGAAGACUGUUCAAAAUUUUAAGCCUUAUAUUAUAGGAAAAGUAGGAGAGCUAAAAGAUAAACUUUUAGAAUAUCAGUUCCACAUAAUUAAGAUACAAUCAAACUAUACUACAGAAGAUAUAGUAACAUUGGAGGAUGCUAAUCAUACAGUAUUCAUUUUCAAUAGUAUUAUGAGCAAAUUAAAAGAGGAACUAUCUCAACUACAAGAAGAAUUAAAAGAUUCUUAUAUUGAGUGGAUUAGAAUCAUUAAUAGUUGUAAUCGUAUUGUUUCAAAUGAACAGGAUAAAUGGGCUAUUAAUAGUAAUGAUGUGGAAAUAGUAGGAAGUGAAACAACUUCACAAAGUAGCAGUUGCAAUGAAAUAUUUUCAACAAAUGCUUAUAAAAAACAAUCAUCAAACAUAAAUAAAAGAGCAGAGAAGAACAUUUGGGAGAGAAAUAAUAAUACUAUACUUCAGCAGAAUAUUAGACAAGAUAAGAAUAAUGAAAUAUCAUCAAACACAAUGGAUACUAACAUCAUAAAUACAAAGCAGACCUCAAAUCAAACUGGUAACAACAAUGAUAUUUUACAAAGUGGACAAAAUCCAUCAUCCAUGUUCGAUAAAUUAAAAAAUACUAACACAACUGUAACAUAUUCUACAGUGGGAAAGAAAAGUACAAAUUACACACUAAAUAAAAAUUUAUCAUGUCAAAAUAUCACAGAUACAUUGAAGCAGUUAGGUGAUCAUGAACGAGUUUCAGUUCAAAAUGGGCCAAUAACAAGGAAAAGACGGUUAAUAGAUUAUGACAGUGAUAUAAGUAAUAAGCAUGGCAUAGUGUCUUUGUAUAGUUCAAGAAACAUGUGUACACAAGACAUUAAACAGGUAGAUGUAAAUGAAGACAUAUAUUCUGAAGACUCUGAAAGUUUAAUUUUUGAACCUAUUCCAUUCAAUUAUUCAGAAGUUCUAACACCAAGACCUGAUUUUAAUAUACAUUUAAAAGCUAAAAGUAACCAUGAUUCUCAAAUUGUAUUGAAAAAACCUGUUGCUCUUUCAAACACAAACAAUUCAAAUGGAAAGUAUUGGAUAAAAUCCACUCAACAUAAAAUCUUUAAUUCAAACGGAAGUUCAGUAAAUCAGAUUGAAUCUAAUAUGGAUAAAAAGUUACAAAUGAUAUGCCAAGUGGUAUUACAUAAAUACAUACAGUAAUUAAGUUAAUAUUGAUAAUUGCGAUUUUUUGAUAUUGAUAAUUACGAUUUACGUGUCUCUUAACUCCUCAAGUGGAGAAAAAAUUCUUGUAAGUCAUUCGUACAGUAAAAGUAUAAAAUGUUCUUACUGUUUACUGGCGGAUAUAUAGGUUGGGCCCAAUGAACAAUUAACCAAAGCCGAUCUCCGUUUUACCCGUUUAGGGGAUCAAUUAGUACUGUUGAAGCAUAGCUGCUAUGAUAAUUUGUGUUAAGAAAUUAUCCAUAUUUACCUUUGGUUUUUUAUUUUGUAAUUUAUAUAAAGCUCACAUAAAAAUGAAUAUUAUAUAUUAUUAUUAUAUAAGUUUAUG